AUGGAAGAUGAUUACUCGGAUGUAUCAGAGCUGAGCUCUCCACCGGCAUCACCGUCACCACCUCCUGGGUUCUAUCCCUCGCCGCCUCCGUCUCAGGACACGGACGAGUCGGGCGUUGGCCAAGACCACAGUGUGCCGCCCGCCAGGAAGAAGCGUCGGGUGGCCGCCCCCAAAGAACGCCGGACGCAGCAUCUCCAUCUGUCUAGUCUCUCUCUUUCCCACGCCUGCCAACAGCCCCAGAUCGAUUUGCUCACCAAGACGAUUCGGCGUCACCGCAAAAUCGUCGUCAUUGCGGGUGCGGGUAUCUCCACUUCGGCUGGCAUUCCCGAUUUUCGGUCCACCGAUGGCCUGUUCAAAUCCCUGCAGAAGAAACACAACCUCAAAACAUCCGGAAAAUUGCUCUUCGAUGCCGCCGUCUACCAGGAUGAAACGUUAACCGCCUCCUUCCAAGAUAUGGUCCGGUCGCUCUCCGAGGAGGCGGCCAACACCUCCCCCACGGCUUUUCACCACAUGCUCGCUCGCCUCGGUCAGGAGGGUCGGCUCACCCGCCUCUACACGCAGAACAUUGACGGCAUCGAGACCUCCAUGCCUCCAUUGGCCACCCAGAUCCCCUUGAACGUCAAAGCACCGUGGCCCCGUACCAUCCAGCUGCACGGAAGCCUCGACAAGAUGGUGUGUCAGAAGUGUCGCCAUCUACGGGACUUUGAUCGCGUCAUGUUCGACCGUCCCGAUGCGCCCGAAUGUCCCGAAUGCUCGGUGAACAAUCAACUCCGCAUGCAGACCGGCCAACGCAGUCAUGGGGUGGGGAAGAUGCGACCGCGUAUCGUGCUCUACAACGAACACAACCCGGACGAGGAGGCCAUCACCUCCGUCAUGAAUGCCGACAUCCGCUCCCGCCCCGACGCGCUCAUCGUGGUGGGCACUAGCUUGAAGAUUCCGGGGGUGCGCCGUCUGGUCAAAAGCCUCUGCUCGGUGAUCCGCAGCCGCCGGAACGGCGUCACGAUGUGGAUCAAUAACGAGCCCCCGGUCGGGAAGGAUUUCGAAGAUUGCUGGGAUCUCAUGGUUACGGGCGACUGUGAAGAUGUCGCCCGUCUAGCCGCCCUGAAACGGUGGGAUGACCAGUCGGGAGACGUGUUUGACGAGUGCAAUGCGUCGGAGGUGGACCGGGUGAAGAGGGAGCAGGAAAUAUCGAUUGUCAUCUCGACGCCGAGGAAGAAGCAGAAGACCACGGCGGGCUUCCUCACGCCGUCGUCCAGUCAGGACGAAGAUAUCAAGAAGUCGCAACUCCCGACCGACGUGCUUCCGAACCCGGCGAGCCGUGGACCGAAACUACAGGACGUGCUCAAAGGAAGUAAGCCAACUAUGGCGAAGAAGGGCGGCGCAAAAGGAAAGGCAGUGCCGCGGAAGCGCAUCAAGAAGGACCAGCCGACCACCAACUCCAAGAUCACCACCUUCAGCAAAGUCACCAAGGCGCAGAAAGUCGGCGCCGACGCGGACAAGUCGGCCAAGCUGGAAAAAGAAGACUUCAAGCCCAUGCAUCCGCUACCCCCGGGGGCGGCGCGCAACAAUGGACCGAUGUUUCCCAACCUAGUCCAGAAAGGGGACGCCACGCCAGGCAGCGAUCAGUGGCGUCAGCCCGAGACGAUUUCUCCUAAGUCCGUGCCACAUGGUAUGAGUGAACUAUUAAACCAACCGGCAUGA